AGCUCAGUUAGCAGCCCGAGCUAAUCCGGCUAACAGCUAACAGCUAACGGCUAGCUAGUGGCGCUAUGAUGGCGGAGCUGGUGCAGGGACAGGCCUCGAUGAACCAGCCGGGGCUGAAGUCAGACGGCCUAGCCGAUGUUUUACAGAGGGCUCGGCAGAUGGUGGGGAAGAUGGGCGGAGAAACCAUGUCCCACCUCAACAGCUCCUCAGGAAGUGUUGAGCCCACACUGUACUACCCCGGCCAGAAACGACCAGGAGAAGAUGGAGUAGGUAACCAACUAGCAGCCAUGGGACACCAGAGCAGGGUUAUCACAGAGGAUUACAAGGUCCCCGACAGGAUGGUUGGCUUCAUUAUUGGACGAGGAGGAGAACAGAUCACCAGGAUCCAGUUGGAGUCCGGCUGCAAGAUCCAGAUCGCUGCUGACAGCGGAGGUCUCAUGGAGCGACCGUGUUCCCUGACUGGAACUCCAGAAAGCAUCGAGCAGGCGAAGCGGCUGCUGGUCCAGAUCGUGGAUCGCUGUAGAAACGGUCCGGGUUUCCAUGGUGACGGGGAAGGCGGCGGUUCGGUGCAGGAGAUGCUGAUUCCAGCCAGUAAGGUGGGGCUGGUGAUUGGCCGAGGUGGAGACACCAUCAAGCAACUACAGGAGAGAGCAGGGGUGAAGAUGAUGAUGAUCCAGGACGGCCCGAUGCCGACAGGAGCCGACAAACCCCUCCGCAUCUCUGGAGACCCGUACAAAGUCCAGGCAGCCAGGGAGCUGGUGUUGGAGGUGAUCCGGGAGAAGGACGGAGACUUCAGGUCGGGACGCAAUGACUUCAGCGCCCGACUGGGAGGAGCCAACCUGGAUGUUCCAGUUCCUCGGUUUGCUGUUGGCAUCGUGAUUGGCAGGAACGGAGAGAUGAUCAAGAAGAUCCAGAAUGAUGCAGGAGUCAGAAUCCAGUUUAAAGCAGAUGAUGGUAUCAGUCCGGAGCGUGUUGCCAUGGUGAUGGGUCAGCCAGACCGCUGUCAGCAUGCUAUCCACCUCAUCAAUGAGCUUAUCCAGACUGCACAGGAGCGUGAUGGCUUUGGCUCCGCCCUGCGGGGUGGGCGGGUCAGAGGUCGUGGUGAUUGGACUAUGGGCUCGCCUGGUCCGCUACAGGAAGUGACUUACACCAUCCCUGCUGACAAGUGUGGCCUGGUCAUCGGCAAAGGUGGAGAAACCAUUAAGAGUAUUAACCAGCAAUCUGGAGCUCACGUGGAGCUGCAGAGGAACCCUCCGCCCUCCACCGACCCCAACACCCGGGUCUUCACCAUCAGAGGUACCGCCCAGCAGAUGGACUUGGCCCGCCAGCUCAUAGACGACAAGAUUGGGGGUUCGGGUAUUAUGAGUAACGGAGGUUUUGGCUUCAGUCCCUUCACUCAGGGUCCUGCUACACACCAGAACUGUGGCAGUGGUCAGACUUUCCUGACUGGAGUUUGGGGAAACACCUACCAGACCAGCUGGCAGAACCCUGGACAACAAGACCCUGGUCAGCAGAACCAGCCGCAGAGCUUGAUCACGGACUACAGUAAGGCCUGGGAGGACUACUACAAGAAACAAAGUCAGUCGUCUCAGCAGAGUUCGGUGCCAGACUAUACUGCAGCGUUAGCAGAAUACUACAGACAGCAGCCCUACCUGUGGAACCCUGCCCAGAUACAGGAUCACUAGAGGCUCCUCUCUUACUGGUGAAGGCCUGGGAUGGUCGUCGACGGCAACCGAAUCGGGGUUUCCUAGCAAUGCUCUGCCGCUUCCUCCUUCCUUUUGUAGACAAAAACUAAGGAUUAACUGAAAAAUCACGAACUCUUUUCUUUCUGUUUUUUAACCUUACAAAGUUGAUAUUUUGUCGGGCAAAUUUUUUUGGACUAGGCUCUGGUCUCGCCACAGUGUAGACCUGGUUUUUCUUUUUGUUUUUUUUUUAUCAAACUUGAACUUAAAGAUAUAUCAGUGUGGCUUUGAACAAAAAAAAAAUUCAGUAUAAUCUAUAUUUUGUCUAGGUUUAUUUUCCAAUAAGAAAACGGUAUAAGGCUUAGCAGUCUUGAGUGAGAAAAUCAGAUAUUAUUAUUAUUAUUAUUAUUAUUAUUUUGUUUAUGAUAAUGUUUUAAAGCAUGCGUCAGAUUGUGUGUGUUGACUCUCAGUUAUUUUUUUUUUAUUUUGGCAUAGAAAUAUUUUAAUAGCAUCAGAUGGAAAUUUAAUGUUUUACCGUCAGAGACAAAACUGUUUUUUGUACUAAAUUUGUGCUCGCUGGGUCUGUUCUCAAUCUAAUUUUAAUGUUAAGUCGCCAUCUUGGAGGUGCAAUGACGCGUUUGUUUUCUUUUGGUUUGAUGAUAGUUCUUAUACCUGUAUCUCUAUAGUGAUUCUUUAGUUUUUAUGAUGUAAUGAUGAAUAAAUGAUUUAUAUUGCGUUGUCUAAAGCCAGAUCUCUCUGUGGUCAAACACUUUGUGUCCACAGGAUUUAAACUCCAGCCUGCACCAUGUUUCCCCACCUCAACUUUCAUUACAAAAAGCGGGGAAAUUACUAUUUUCUUACAUAGUGAAACUUUAUUAUUGUUGUAACUUAGUUCUGCAUUUCUACUUUGCUGAUUUGUUGUAGAGGAAGUGUUAAAGAGCUGAACAAUGAAGUUACCAAUUAUAUUAGCGAUGUAUUAGCCGAACAAGCGUGUUAGCUAAAUACGCGCGUUGGCUAAACCGUGUUUUUUGCAAAAAGAUGUGUGUUACCUCAACUGUGUGUUAGCUAGAUGAAUGUGGUGGCUGAACUGAUUGUUAGCCGUAUGGUGUGUCUGUGUUAGCUUAAUGUGUUGGCUGAAUUUUCUGUGUUUUGUUAGCUGAAUGCACAAGUUAACUGAAAGAUGUCACUCGGUCAAAAGAUGUGUUUGAAAAAUAUGUUUGUGUUAACUGUGUGGUGUGAGCAUUGAAAGUUAGCUUUUACUGAACAUGCGUGAUAGUUGAAUGUGUUGGCUGAAUUGUUUGUGUCUGAUGUGUGUUAGCACAGUCUGCUGAGUGUGUAGCGAAUCACUUAACAUGCACAGAAAAGGUAAAUGAUAGAGUGAGAGAAAACAUUCACAUCAGCUUGCUAGCUUCAAGCCCUCUCAAGUAAAAUGAGCAGAACUGUCGGCAAAGCAGUGAAAGACCUUUAAGGAGCAUUGAAAUCAAAUAAAAACACUAAUAUAAUCAGUUCUGCUAAUGAAAAAGAAGCUAUGCAGUGUUUGCAUGUAACUGCCAUAACAAUUUAAAACCAUUGAAAAGAACUAAUUUAGGCUGAACAUCCAUUCAUCUGGUUUAAUUGCAUGGCUAACAUCUGAACAACGCGUCUGUUUUCCAAAGUGUAAUGAUUUCUCCGAACGUGGCGUGAGCGCAGCAUUAGCUGAAUGUUUGUUAGAUAAGCGGCGUGUUCAGGUUUGAACGGGGAACCUUAAGUGUACACAUCAGUAAAACUCUGUGCGGUAAAGCUUUUUGAUGUAUGUUUGUGAGCGUUAGUGUGUGAGUGUGUGUCCGUUAGCUGGUGGGUUCGUGUUAGCUUAACAGUGUGUAUGCUGUCUGUACUUUAAGGCUGGAUUAUGCUUCUAUAAUGUGCACAUUUCAGAGUUUUUGUGGCCAUUUUAUCCAUCUAUGAAUGUGAAAGUAUUUUACGCUUUUCCUUUUUCAAACCCAUCUGCCAAAAGAAUUUUGGAUCUACCAGUUAGCUUGUUCAGUCCAAAUGGGGACUUGACUUGGGAAUCAACAGUCACCCAUCAAUGCAUAAAUUCCUUCUUUGGGUGUGUGUUAGCGUUGUGUGUAGUCUGUCCGGUGUGUAUUCCUGCGUUAUCUGAGCGUUGUGGGUUUGCUAGCUGAUUGCUGUGAGUGUCGGACCACAGAGAGGUUUGUCUUGCGUCGAGGGAGAUCUGGCUGUUGUUGAGUUGAGUAUUGAAUCGGUGGUUCUGCCUCUUGUAUGUGUGAUGACGAUGAUGACAAUAAUAAUAAUGACGACGAUAAUAAUGAGUUCUCCUGUACAGGGGUCUAUUUAAAUCUGUUCAUCCUGUUAUGAAUAUUCAGUUUGUCGAUAAGAUAAUAUGGUUUGUGUAAAUUUCCACUCUCUGGCGGGUGCUCUCCAGUUAAAAAUGUUCUUUGUUAUCCUGUUAAAAAUGAGUGUUUAAUUCACAUGUUGUGUCUAACCGAUUUGCAAAGAGAAGCUGAGUAUGUGUUAUAUUCUCAAGACUGCUAGGCUAACUGUCUCUAUCUCUUCUCCUUGUCUUUCUGUCUGUCCGUUUGGACGUCGCUGCGUUAAAAAGUUGGUGGGACUUGUGGUUUCAACAUGUCUGUAAUCGGACCAUGUGGUUACAGCUAAAUGUUAUCGUCUCAGGCGUGUUGAACGGUCCCGUCACUUGUUAGCGUGGCGACUCAGAGGCGAGGAGAGCUUUAGUGAGGGGGUUUUACUCCCCAGAAAUUUAUUAAAAACACUGGAGUGGACGGUGGCCUGGUGUCCAGUUCUGGUCUUAGUGUUACAGCCUGCACUGGGUCUGAACCAGCAAACAACUGGCGAGCGCAGUCACACCAAGCCUCACAGCACCCAGAAACAGGACUGAACACGAUGCCACCUGUCCACUCUGGUUUAGAUCUUCCUAGUCCCAACCCCUCGUCCUGAAGGGGUGAUGGGAAGCUUUUUGGUUUCAUGGUUUCUGUUGUUUUUCUAAUGGACAGACGUCCUAACUGUAACAUGCAGAUUUUUCUAUUAGAUUCUAUUGACAGAUAGAGUUGUGUAUGAACCCGCGCCACAAGACUGUCGGUGGCCGAGGAAGAGGAAACUGGAUGGUGAUGAUGAUUAACAUGAGGGCUAAUAAACAGGCUCAUUCUUUCUGA